AUGCUUGAUUCUAUCGCCUUAAAAGAGCCUCCAUUUGGUUCGAUAUUCGCCGAAGCGAAUCAAAUCAAAGGCUCACUAGAAGUGAAUCAAAAUGUUGAAGUAACUCAAGGAAAAGAGACUCUCAAAGGGACUAUUCAGCAUGUCAAAGACAACAGUAUCUAUCACGUUGUAUUCAAUGACGGGGAUGAACGUCAACUGCGUCGCACACAAGUAUGUCCGAAAGGAGCCAAGCAUUUCGAUGAAGCAGUCAAUCUGGAUGCUUUACCACUCUAUAAUCCCGAAGCAUUCAGCUCGCCGGUUGUUUCCGAUACGUAUCGAGGUGUGAAAGGACGAUUGAAACGGUUCGUAUUUAGUGUUAAGCGAACUAAAUUCAUUCCUUCUAUUAUCCGAUGA